AUGGCAGAUGAAGUGAAGGUGGAGGCCGCGCCCGGGAUCUUUCUCUCGGGCAACCUCAACAUUCCGCCCGGCGCCAAGGGCAUCGUCGUGUUCGCCCACGGCAGCGGCAGCGGCCGCUUCAGAUACGUGGCGCGGGUGAUGCAGGAGGGAGGGCUGGGAACGUUCCUGUUCGAUCUGCUCACGCCCAAGGAGGAGGAGAUCGACGACGUCACGCGCGAGCUGCGCUUCAACAUCCCCUUCCUGGCCGACCGCAUGGUCACCGUGACCAAGUGGCUGCGCGGCACCGAUGCCACGAAGGACCUCAACGUGGGCUACUUCGGCGCCAGCACCGGCGGCGGGGCGGCCAUCGUCGCUGCCGCGCGGCUCAAGGGCGAUCCGCAGGUCCAGGCCGUCGUGUCCCGCGGCGGACGGCCCGACCUCGCAGGCAAGUCGCUGCGUGACUGCAUCGUGCCGACGCUGCUCCUGGUGGGCGGCUGGGACGGCCCCGUGAUCGACAUGAACAAGGACGCGCUCGACAAGCUUGCCGCUCCAGUGAAGGAGCUGAGGAUCAUACCGGGCGCGACGCACCUGUUCGAGGAGCCCGGCAAGCUGGAGGAGGUGGCCCGCCAGGCCCGCGACUGGUUCAAGAAGUACCUCGAUACCCCGCAGGCCCCCUCGGCCAGCGAGGAGAGAUGA